AUGAACAGAAGUUUAUCAAAAAGAGAGCUUGAAGCUGUGUACCAUGAAGCCCAUCAGUGCCUUGUAUCCGGGGCCCCACCCCUCCAGUGCGUACAGAGUCUGAGGAAGCUUCUCUUGGCAAUCUCCUGCACCAAACUUCGCAGAGAAAUACCCAAGAAUCUACUGCGUGCAUUAUGCAUUGUAGUCCUCGGUACCAAUACCGGCCUGCCAAAGUUUGAGCCCAUCAGUCUACUGUGCAGUGCAGUGCUUCAAGAAUAUGGCCCCAUCCCUCAGCUGGAUGUGGAGUUGGGGGCGGGGCAGGCUAGCGAUCUCCGACACAUCCCCUACCUGCUUCCCGUCAUUCUAGCCCAGGGUCGCUACUCAACUCGGCUUGAGAAGCUUGUAUCACAGAUGGUGAAAUGGGUGUCAACAGUGGGUUUCAACUCCGAGAUUCAAUGCAGAGCUCUGUCAAGUCUAGUAACCACGGCAACUCAACACAGAAAUCUACUUUCUGAUGAACAAAUCUAUGUAGUGGGCUCCCAGAUGAGUGAUUGGUUAUCUAAUGCAAGCACAUUCCAAGGAACAAAUCCUCUCUCCAAGCAGAAAUCAAGCAAACAAGAAAGUGUAACGGAGAUAGACGGUCGGGAAUGCCAGGACUACUUCACCUUACUCAGUCUCUCGUCCUACUACAGUCAAGAUCAACUCCUCAAUAUACAUACUUUCUCCAGUCUACGUGCCUGGCUACUAGCCACAGCAGCUAGCCCUAGCCCUGCUGGCGGGGCAAGCAGAGGGCUGGAUGUUGGAGGAAGGGGGUUGCCCAGUUUGGGAGGAGAGGGUGUGGCAAGGGCGCCCUCUUCGGGAGGAAAGUUUGCCAACAAAGCAAGGAAAGCAAUGACGGAGAAGGCGUGCGAGUAUUGCCUUAGGGUCAUCGACCUCUGUCAUAGAAGACCUAUGAAGAUUCAAGAUCAAGACCUCAUACAAGCAUGCCUUGUGGAAGCAAUAGAGACGUUGAUAGUGAUCUGUAGACUAGACACAUCUCUGGUAUCCAAACUCUACCCAUCCAUCAAACAAGCCCAUACAAACCUGGCAAAGAAGUGGCCAAGGGUUCAGCUAGCCAUUCUUCAGUUCUUCCUAGACUAUAGUGAAGCCUUGCAUGUUGUUUUCAAACCAGAAGAAACCAUUGCAGAUAUGUUUGGUGACCUCAUUACAAAAUACAUGUACGAUGACACAGUGACCUUUGACAUUGUGACCUUUCUCAUCACCAAUCUCAACAAGCUUUGCCUGGAAACGGAACUUCUUGAGAAAUACUCUCCAAGUAUAUUAAGAAUUCUUGCUUGGAAUCCCCGCACAUUCUUAUCCGACUAUGUGGAGAUCUUGCCAGCUUUGAUAUCAGCGGAUACUGCCAAAGAAAUGCUUCAUCUACUACUUGACCUGCCAUGCACUACUGCCUCAAUGAUUCUUAUGCAUAGAGAGAGACAGCUAAGACAGAACCCGUCACUCCUUGAGAUUCAGCCAGCUUGGUUGGCCUCUGUUAACAUCCUUCGGAAACCUGAACACCAACCUUGGUUCAACUACAUUCUCAGGUCGCAAUCAGGGAAGGGAGAUACUAUCAACAAGUUAGAUUUCCUCUACAAGUUGAUAGAUAAGCUGGCAUCUCAUCCAAGGGUAAUGAUAUGCUCUCAAGCUAUCCCUUCACUUGUAAGACACUACUUCAAGACUGUAUUACAGCAUGCAGACUAUGACCUGGUCUCCGAGCUUUUACCAAUCAUUUUAGAAAGAUCAGCUAUCAUCUUCCCUAUUACUCUCUAUCAAGAUGAUAUAAGAAGGGUGUUGAGUGAUGCUCUCCUAGAGAUCUUGAGGCUUCAUCCUAGCUUGGUGGUUGAUCAGAGGACAGAACUCUUGGAUUUCAUAGGAGCCUUGAGGCACAUCGAUGGCAAGGAAGAUUUCUUCUCACAUGUAGUGUGGAUCAUUGGACAGUAUACCGCCUCAAUGUACGACAAACGCUGUACCAUGGAAAUCAUCACUGGCUAUUAUGAGUCCUUGGAGACAUUGCUGUAUGAAGUCUCUGUUCUGGUCCAGUCCUCUACUGAAGGUAGACCACCAUACUCUAUCAGACUCAUGGCCAUAAUGAUGACAACACUAGCCAAGCUUGCCUCAAGAUGUCAGGAUCUGAUACCAAGAGUGAUCCUCUGUCUCACCAAGAUAUCCCAACAGCAAACCAAGAGCAGAGUAGCACAAGAUGAUAAGAAAGUCUUACUAAGCAGAGCUACAGAGCUUGUUAAUCUCCUCAAGUUACCAGAUGUUGCUUCGGCCAUCCUGAGCCCGUCAACGGAUAUCAGAGAUGGAAAGUGGCACUCCGAUGUCAACACGUCCGUUCCACUCCUUCUCAAGGCAGCUAGUCAACUUAUACAGCCACCGGCUAGUUAGUCAACAUGGACCAGCACAAAAUUGAAUACGAUCAAUUAUUACCCAUUGCAGGUACAUCCUGAGCCACGAUCAUAACAAUAGGAAGAGGAAUAGGCCUAUGAUCGAGUAGGCAUCACCUUUCAAGCAGCUAGCUGGUCAGUGAGGAAUGAAGCCGGUUUUCACAAGGAGGUGAUUAUGGGUCAGGUGGAUCGGAAACCAUUGGUUGGAAAGCAUCUGCAUGCUGCUGUCUAUGGAGAGACGAGGUCUGACAUCUUUAUUGACCGACCAACUACAUUGAGAGGACACAAUUUUACGUGGACAGACUUCAAUCAACGAAUAUGUAUCAUGUUGAUACCAUGGUUGGAGAGUUCACCUGAAGAAAUUAGGGGGGGGGGAUCGAGGAUCCUGUUGGUGUACCACCAGCCCAAGCCCAAGGGACUUUCCAUUACUUGAUAGGAAUGUUCUUGAGGAUGUUGAAUAGGAUUCAAUGGAAGAAAACAGGCAACCCAAAUCGGUUCAUCUACCAUGCAUGCGACAACAUUACUCUGCUCAAUAAUCCUUUUCUUUUAAAUGUGUUAUUCCAGU